AUUAUAUAUUAAUAACUAAUAUAUAAAUGCAAGAUAUAUUAUUAACUUUGUGUGAUCAAAUUCAGCAGGCUAUUUUACUAGAGGAUGGUGCAACUCUUUCUCGGGUUUUAUCUAGAGAAGAUUCCGCUACUUGCCAACUAAUAAUUAAUAAUUCACAAAAUUUUGAUUCGAAUUUAAGUCAAUUUCGCAUUCUUUUACCAAAAGGCUGGUUUGAAAUUUUUGAGGCGCACUGCAGAUCUAUUAUUACAAGCCAACUGGAUCAACAAUUUUUUUAUCAAAGUAAAGUUCUAAAAGAAUUUUCCGACAAAAUAUACAACGACAGUCUCCCGUGGGUCUUGCCCGUCAUGGCCGUUCUGACCAAUGACUUUCGCCGUUUGGCAUUGCACUUGUACGGGAUUGGUGGAAUUAAUGAACAGCAAUUAAAAAAUUCCUACACUUCUGUUUUACAGCCUAUUUUUACGCAAACGAUGAAUUGCAGAGACGGGAAGCGCGAUGGCGCGCUGUUUGUGGUAAACAACAUGUUAAGAAUUUUAAAGAAACUCAACUCGCAUGUGCUACUUGAGACCAUUAUUAAAAAAAUGGAACAUGCUAAGAUGCUUGAGCGAAUCAAAUUAACUCACGGAAAAGCGCAUUUGGUGACAUUUCACUUUUUUUUGGGCUAUUUAAAGUUUUUUGAAGGCAACUACCGCGUGGCUUUAGAAUCAUUGAAAUACGCUUUUGAGAAUUGCCCAGCACGAUUUUCUAAAAAUAAGCGACUUAUAUUAUUAUAUUUAAUUCCUAUAAAACUGCUUCAGAACAUCCGGCCUUCUUCAACUUUACUAAAAAAAUAUAAUCUGCUUAUAUUUGAGGAACUUUCCCGCUCGGUGAGUCGAGGCAAUGUUGGCCGCUUUGAAAAUGUUCUACGUUCUCACGAAAACUUUUUUGUGAAACGCGGACUUUACGUGGUUCUUGAGAGGCUCAAAUUAAGAGUUUAUAGAAAUCUUUUCAAGAGAAUGCAUGAAUUUCUUGAAGGAGUGAAUAAAAUUCCCAUUGAAAAGUUUCAAAUUGCUCUCCGCGUGGCUAAGCUUGCAAUUGAUAAAGAUGAGUGCGAGUGUAUAGUCGCAAAUCUUAUAUAUCAAAAAAUGCUAAAAGGCUACAUUUCGCACUCACAAGCAACAGUUGUAUUUUCUAAACAAGAACCUUUUCCUCUGCUUUUGACUUAA